AAGAAGCUUCCAGCACGCUCCCCAUCUGCCAACCCCGUCAUCCCGUCUUCUUUCUGAAUCAAAAUUUGCUGAUAGGAAUCCUGGAAACCAUUGAAUAUACUCUACGAUUCGAUAUUUCAAUCGUCGUUCAUCAUGGCCGAUGUUGCCGUUGAAAAUCCAGCAAACAGCGUAGCGCCGCACAGGCGACCAACUCCUGCAGACUCAGUGCCCAUCAUCGACUCGCUUGAGGGAACUGGAAACGAUGGCGGCGAUGAAUACGUUACCCUAAAGCGCUUCCAGAGAUACAUGGAAUACCUGCAACUUCAAGAAGAGUACAUCAAAGAUGAGCAGAGGAGUUUGAAAAGAGAGCUGGUUCGAGCUCAAGAGGAAAUCAAAAGAAUACAGAGUGUUCCGUUGGUUAUCGGGCAAUUCAUGGAAGCUAUAGAUCAAAACACGGGUAUUGUACAGUCAUCUACUGGGUCGAAUUAUGUUGUACGGAUUCUUUCCACCCUCGAUCGGGAGAAACUGAAACCUUCGUCGUCCGUUGCACUCCAUCGUCACUCCAACUCCCUCGUCGAUAUUCUUCCUCCGGAAGCAGACUCAUCUAUUGCUAUGCUUGGUGCACACGAGAAGCCUGACGUUACCUAUGCCGAUGUGGGUGGGUUGGAUAUGCAGAAGCAGGAGAUUCGGGAAGCUGUGGAAUUACCUUUAACCCAGCAAGAUCUUUACAAACAAAUCGGUAUCGACCCCCCACGUGGUGUUUUGUUGUACGGACCUCCAGGUACUGGAAAGACGAUGUUAGUGAAGGCUGUGGCUAAUAGUACAACUGCCAACUUCAUCCGUGUGGUCGGUUCGGAGUUCGUGCAAAAAUAUCUGGGAGAGGGCCCUCGUAUGGUCCGAGACGUCUUUCGCAUGGCCCGUGAAAAUUCACCGGCCAUCAUCUUCAUCGAUGAAAUCGACGCUAUCGCGACUAAACGAUUUGAUGCCCAAACAGGCGCCGACCGUGAAGUGCAGCGUAUCCUGCUGGAACUUCUCAACCAGAUGGAUGGUUUCGACCAGGGAAGCAACGUGAAGGUGAUCAUGGCGACGAACCGAGCAGAUACAUUAGACCCUGCUUUGCUACGACCUGGUCGUCUCGACCGAAAGAUCGAGUUCCCCUCGCUUCGUGAUCGUCGUGAGCGUCGGCUCAUUUUCACAACCAUCGCCUCCAAGAUGUCUCUGUCACCAGAAGUGGACUUGGAUUCACUCAUUGUGCGGAAUGAGCCCCUCUCCGGUGCCGUCAUUGCAGCCAUCAUGCAAGAAGCCGGUCUGCGUGCAGUCCGCAAGAAUCGCUACAACAUCAUCCAAUCUGACUUGGAGGAUGCUUACUCGAGUCAAGUCAAGACUAGCCAGGAAGCCGACAAGUUUGAUUUCUACCGGUAAAGGUAGAGACCGAUUGACUGUUUUGAUUUGUAAUGUAUCGCAACAUGAGCACAUCAAGGGUGUGCGAGAUUAUGUAUACUAAGAAAUACAUUACUUAUUGCCAAUCAAAUCACAUAAUAUAACCUUUACCAAAACCUACAUCAGGUGUUCUCCGUCAUCUAGUGCGAAUAGAAUAGGACCUACUUAAUGCUAGAAGAACAUAGCGUACACUUGCUAAUUUCACAUUCAUUGAUAUCUCAAUACGUCAUACUAACUCUGGAUGUCGCAACUGCAAUAUCGUUAAUAUGUUCUAGUAGGGUGACUAAGGUUUGGGUAUAGCACUACAAGAGUG